GCUGAGACCGUUCACUCCAGUAGAGAUAAAAGCCCAGGGGAACCCCUGGGACUUACUCCACUCCUGCAGCUGAUGCAAGAUGCAGCCCAUCCCAGCUCUUCUGACCACUCUACUGCUGCUGCCCAUGGUGCUUUCAGGACAGCCUCAGAGCCUUGAGGAAAAGCCAGCUUCCAGCCAUGUGAAUUGCAGCCGGAUCCAGCCAGUGCAGGAGGUCAUUGAAGAUGAAGACAAUGAUGCCCUGGAAAUGAGCUACAAGAUGGUGUCCAGAUAUCCUAGUGCCCUCUCUUCUCCCUAUGAGACCUCAGCAUUCGAUCUGCUGCUCCAGGAGCUGGAGGGAGCUUGGAAGUUGGCGGCCCAGCUUAAGACCAAGGUGACUAAUGCCAGUCUCAUGCUCAAGCUCCUGGCUGACUCUGACCAGCGCAGCAUCAAUGCUCUCCGCCAGGAGAUGGAUGUCCUCAAAGACCGACUGAGCAAGUAUGAGAGGGACAGGGAGCCAGAAUGGGCCUCCAGACAUCCUGGUCCGCCCCUGCCCCCUGGUUCUUGUGAUCAUGGAGGCCUCCAGAAAGUCAGCAGACCCUUUGUGGUGAAGCUCAAUUGGAGAGGCCUCUCAUACAAGGCAGGUGCCUGGGGCCGAGACUCAGCACCUAAUGCAGACUCUUCCCUUUAUUGGGUGGCCCCUCUGACUGCAGAUACCAGGUACUUUGACUACUACCGGCUGUACAAGUCCUAUAAUGACCUCAUGCUGCUGAAGAACUAUCAGGAGAGGAUGAUGGGCUAUGGCGAUGGCAGUGGCAAUACCGUGUAUGAGAAUUUUAUGUACUUUAACUACUAUGGUACAAGUGACAUGGCCAAGAUCAACCUUUCCUCCAACACCCUAGUGCUGCGGCGCACACUGCCUGGUGCCACCAAUACUAAUCGCUUUUCCUAUGCUGGUGUGCCCUGGAAGGACUUAGAUUUUGCUGGUGAUGAGAAGGGGCUGUGGGUGCUCUAUGCCACCGAGGAGAGCAAUGGUAACCUUGUUGUGAGUCGUCUCAACACUAGCACCCUAGAAGUAGAGCAAACCUGGCACACCAGCCAGUACAAGCCAGCCCUGUCAGGGGCCUUCAUGGCCUGUGGGGUGCUCUAUGCCUUACGCUCACUGAGCACUCACCAAGAGGAGAUCUUCUACGCUUUUGAUACCAACACUGGGCAGGGGCAUUUCCUCAGCAUCUUGCUGGACAAGAUGCUGGAAACACUGCAUGGCAUCAAUUACUGCCCCUCGGACCAUAAGCUGUAUGUCUACAAUGACGGGUUCCUCCUGAAUUAUGAUCUCACCUUCCUGACAUCGCAAAGCAGGCUACCAAGACCACCAGCCACAAGGCCACCUAGGGCUCGUGCUCUACCAAAACCUGUCAAACACAAAUAGCUCUCCAGGCUCCGAGCCCCCAAGGCUGGGCAGGACAUUGGUGGAAGUGUGUCUUCUUCCUCUUCUCCAGGAGGAUCACUUCUCAAAAUGACCAUUGUCCCUAAUGAUUGGGAGACAUUGAUUAUAUCUAGUUAGUUCUUUAUGUAAUUAAUAUCUCAAUCAGCACAUUAAAGAUUUCUUUAAUAAUGGUCUAGGGAGAUUUGAUUGGGAAAAAAUGAACAAAUUAUUAGCUAGGAAAAUGGUAUCCCCUCUUUCUGAUGUUUUGGCAUCUCAUAUUUCUUUCUGAAAACUAUGACUCUGGCACCUAAAAUUCCAGAAAUCUGUGACCUAGGAUGGUCAGUCUCAGGCUGACAACAUAUGAUUCCAGGCAGAAGAUACAGGGGAGCUGGUCAUUAGAGUGAAAUAUGGAGGUCCUUCUCUUAUCCCUAGCCUCCUUUGGGACCCUCAGGGCAGAGUCUUAGCUUGAUAAUCCAUUUUUCACUGUCCUGGACCAAUCUCACUUUAGAGUGCAGUUGAGAGAGGCGCUUAGGCUUGAGACCAGUCCUAAGAAAUUAGCAACUGGAAACUAAGCAUGAAGAAGAUCUGGCUUGGAUUGGGCUCAGGGUCCAGACAUUCUCAAUAAAUAAUAUUUGGUGUGAUAGCAGGAA